AUUAUUCCAAAUUGCACUUAUUAUCUUAGUGGUAAGUUGGAUAUUCGUUUAACGUUUUCAGUGUAUAGUAUUAUAAUAAGUAUUAUGAGACUACCAAAAACUAUUUCACAUAGUAAUUAGUUAGAAUUAUCAUAUUCUUAUUUUUGAUUCAUUCACAAACACUGAACUAUAUUAUAGUUUCACAAUGGUUAAGCGAUAAAUUAAAAGUUGAAGUAGAUAAACGCAAAAAUUAAUUCCAUUAUAAUAUGCCAACUCCAUAUGAUAGAAUCGAAAGUAAAAUGUUGAAAACUGAAUAAAAUACACUUAUUCUAAAUGAUGUUCAUAUACCUAUCUAUAUCGUCUAGAAAUGUGAAACUUUGAUUCUCUAUCAAAUUAUGUUAACAUGCAAAUAGAAUUACAGUAAACGUUUUAUAGUCAAAACUACUAGUUCGUGUCCUUAUCCUAUAAAUUCAAAUAAUCGCAUGAUCUCAUUUUGUUGAGAGAUUGUAUUUUGUAAUCAUACAGAAUAACACAUUUAACCUUUUAUACAUAAUGUAUGCUCUAUAAACGUCUUGUAAAAUACAAGGUUUAAAGCAUAUUCCAUCUUUUUGAUCAAAAUAUUCGAGUAAGAAAUGAUGUUACCCAUUAACUGGGAUUACGAUGCUAUCGUUUAUUAACAAAGUGUUUUACUUUUUUCAUUUUCAUAUUUUCAAAACUACACUUUACAUAGAUUGUUCUAUUAGUCUGUUAGUUUGCCACUAAUUUAAAUAUCAUAACUUUUUUUAUAUAAGAUGAUAUUUUCCAAAGUUAUUCGACUAUUUGUAAAUCUACAAUCCAAACAGUCAUAUUUACACAAUCUACUCAAAUCUGUACAAAUUAUGUAAAUUCAUUGAACUGGCUAUAAAACUUUUAGGCUAUUAGGUCAAUUUUUAUACUAAUUGUUCUAUUUAGUUUUAACAUCAAACCAAACAAUUAUCUUUGGGUUUUUUUUCAGUUAUUCUCAAUCAUAUCGGUAUAUUAUGAGAAUGAUCUUCAGCAUACUCAAAAUCAUGAGAACAGAAUAUCAAUAAAAAUGCAUUCAUGUAUUACACCAUCAUCAUCAUGUUGUUCAUAGUUAUUGUAGGAUAUUUUUGAUUCGAUUAAAAGUUAAUAAAAGAAAUCAUUGGAUGUUAUUGAAUAACAAUUAUAUUCGAUAGACAUGUACAGUUGGUUGACUAUUUUCAUAAAAAUCUAUUGAAUACAAAUGGAUAAAAUUUACCAUUCAAAAAUUUCCAAAAGACACUCACUAGGAAGAAUAAGUAAUCAAAAAAAUAAAUAAAUAAGUUCUCAAAUAAAUUCCACUAGCCCCCCACCCCCCAAGUCGCUAUAUUGACACUUUAUAACACUUUAAUAAAAUGACUCUUGGUCAUAAGCAUAAUGUGUUUAACUUAUCCAUAUUAAAAUAAUGUAUAAAUGAUUGGUUUAUGACAGUAUAAUUGAAAUGAUGUCAUUUAAUUAAUUUACCAUUGUCUUUCAUACUGUUCUUCUAUUUCUUUAAUUGAAUUAAAGAGAUUCAAUGAAAUUGAUUCCAAUGAUUACAUAUAUUCAAUUAUUAUCUGUUCUAUGCUUACUAACUUAUGUGAAUGCAGGUUUAUUACAAAAAUCAAAUGAAGAUGAAGUUUCAUCCGUCGGAAAGACUGAUUCUGGACAAGAUAUAGAGCCGUCAAUCGUUUCUGAUGUUGUUGCAGAAAGUGUUGAUAGUUUGAAUGAAACCACAAAUGUAGACAGUCAUAAAGAAGGAACAUCUAACUCGAAUUCCUCUGAUUCGAUUGUAGUGGCUGACGUUGCUAACACUGAGACUGUUGUCAACUUAACCUCAAAUCCUCCAGAAUCUACGAUAGGAAAUUCUGACAACAAUUCAGAUAGCACUGACAACUCAGGUGUUUCCUCUACUCUGACGACAGAAACUGAUACUACUCAGAAUGAUAUCGUUGUUCCGAUAAUUGCAGAGGGUUCAGAAAAUCAUACAGAAAGUACUUCUACUGUGACAAGUGGUGAAAAUGAUACAGAAAGCACUUCUACUGUGACAAGUGGUGAAAAUCAUACAGAAAGCAAUUCUACUGUGACAAGUGGUGAAAAUCAUACAGAAAGCACUUCUACUGUGACAAGUGGUGAAAAUCAUACAGAAAGCACUUCUACUGUGACAAGUGAUGAAAAUCAUACAGAAACAGUUAUAUCUGAUUCAACCUCAGAAAAUCUUGAUAACCAUACAGAAGCCCCUACAGAUGCUAAUGCACCUUCUCCUUUGAUAGUAGCCGUUGGUGAUCUUUGUAAAGAGUUUGGUAUUUACAUGGACACACAGUUGACUAGUCUAACAUCAGGAGACUUUAAAAAUCAGACAGAAAGCACUGGUAACUCAGAUAUAACCCCUUAUACACAGGUCCAUAACGUUGACGAAAAUCGUACUGAUGACUCUCACUUAGAGUCAACUUCAGAAAGUGUUGAUAUUCGAACACAAACUUCUACAGAAACACCUAAAUAUCCUUCUCCUUUGAUGAAACUAAUUGAUAACCUUUGCAAGGUGUUCACUAACACAAAUGAAAUUGUCUCUGAUACAACAGAAGAACCUCCCGAAAUCAUUACAACAACUGAGGCAAACAACAUCAAUGAGUCAGAAACCAAGUCUACCGACAACGAAACACAAAGUGUUUCCAAUAUUUGCAUUAACACUAUGUGUGCAAAUGAAACAGGCACAACAACUGAACAACCAAGUACUACCGGUGCAGUAUUGCAUCAUUUAAAUCUUUCUGAUAUAAAGAGUAAGAAGUGUAAACCAAAGAAAUCAGAUGAAGAUGACUGUGAAACCGAUUCAGAAAAUGAAGAUUCCUCGGAAGGGACCGAUAGUGAUGCUGAUAGUAAUGAUGAAAGUGAUGAUGAUAAUGAAUGAAAUUGAUAAGAUUGUGCUGACAUUAAACACAAUCUCUGGUGUACCACGAGAUGAUUUUACAUUUAUUAAACACAAAACAAAAGCAAAAUUGAAUUAGCGUACUAAUCUUUUAAAUUCCGCUUAAAUUUUACAAUUUAAACAUUGAAACAAGUUCUGUCAACUGAUUGCAAAAAGAUCAAUGUAACAUUCAGUCAUAAUGUAUUACAUUUUAUCUCUUCACAAUAUAUAUACAUACUUGGUAUUGGCUGAAAUAUAAGUUUUUCUUAAAUUA